AAUAGCGGGCCGGAGACCAAGAAGAAGAGAAUAUCAUCGCCGGGGUGAGAUCUGCAGGUAUAUAUGUCCACCGCAACACCUCCGUACUCAGUCACCUUCUGACUUUACCUUUGAUCGACUGUUCUCGGGAGGAUCAGUUUAGAGUUACACUUUAAGGGAGGCAGCACCAACAACCAUGAAGACGUGGUCGCUGUGGAUAGCCUUACUGGCUAUCGCCCGCACAUCUUUGGCAGAAGAAGGUUACGUUUACGACCGACCGAAGAAUCCUUUGAUAACUGGACAGCCCGGAGGCACUACGGGACCAGGAGGUCCUGGCGCAGGAAAGCCGCAAGGUCCUCAGGGUGGAUAUCCCGGAUCUGGACAAGGACCUCAGAAUCCUCAGGGGGGACCGUCUCCGGGUGGAUUCCCUGGGCAAGGAGGAUCUCCGGGUUCUCCGGGAAAACCACAGAAUCAAGGACCGAGUCCCGGAUAUCCCUCUGGUGGACAAGGAUAUCCGAGUGGUGGACAAGGACCGUCUUCUGGAUAUCCGAGCGGUCGUCCUGGCGGACAGGGACCAUCGUCUGGAUUUCCGAGUGGCGGACAAGGACCUAGUGGAAAUUAUCCCAGUAGUGGACAAGGACCAUCUUCUGGAUAUCCGAGUGGUCGUCCUGGCGGACAAGGACCAAGUGGUGGACAAGGUCCCAGUGGUGGACAAGGUCCCAGUGGAAAUUAUCCAAGUGGAGGACAGGGACCGAGUGGCGGACAAGGACCAUCUUCAGGAUAUCCGAGUGGUCGUCCUGGCGGACAAGGACCAAGUGGUGGACAAGGUCCCAGUGGAAAUUAUCCAAGUGGAGGACAGGGACCAUCUUCUGGAUAUCCGAGCGGCCGUCCUGGCGGACAAGGACCCAGUGGUGGACAAGGACCAUCUUCUGGAUACCCGAGCGGUCGUCCUGGCGGACAAGGUCCCAGUGGUGGACAAGGUCCCAGUGGUGGACAAGGUCCCAGUGGAAAUUAUCCAAGUGGAGGACAGGGACCGAGUGGCGGACAAGGACCAUCUUCUGGAUAUCCGAGCGGUCGUCCUGGCGGACAAGGACCAAGUGGUGGACAAGGUCCCAGUGGAGGACAGGGACCGAGUGGCGGACAAGGACCAUCUUCUGGAUAUCCGAGCGGUCGUCCUGGCGGACAAGGACCAAGUGGUGGACAAGGUCCCAGUGGAAAUUAUCCAAGUGGAGGACAGGGACCGAGUGGCGGACAAGGACCAUCUUCUGGAUAUCCGAGCGGUCGUCCUGGCGGACAAGGACCAAGUGGUGGACAAGGUCCCAGUGGAAAUUAUCCAAGUGGAGGACAGGGACCAUCGACUGGAUAUCCUGGAGGACAAGGACCGAGUGGUGGAAAGGGUCCUCAAGGACCAGGAGGCUAUCCUAGCGGCGGACAAGGGCCAAGUGGAGGUUUCCCCAGUGGUGGACAAGGACCCAGCGGUGGAUUCCCUAGUGGUGGACAAGGACCGAGUGGUGGAAAGGGUCCUCAAGGACCAGGAGGCUAUCCUAGCGGCGGACAAGGGCCAAGUGGAGGUUUCCCCAGUGGUGGACAAGGACCCAGCGGCGGAUUCCCCAGUGGUGGACAAGGACCCAGCGGCGGAUUCCCUAGUGGUGGACAAGGACCGAGUGGAAAUUCAAAUCAGGGCGGUUUUCCAGGAUCUCCGGGAAAUUUCCCCGCUGGUCAACCGGUACAGUAUGAUGACGGCAAUUACGACGACGGCGAUUAUUCCGCGAUACCUGGUGAGCCUGGCCGUGAUUAUCCUAUCUAUUCUGAAAUCCCUGAGACCGGAUUUAGGUGCGACUCUCAACAGUGGCCAGGAUACUAUGCUGACGUUGAAGCGCAAUGUCAAGUUUUCCACAUUUGUUCUAAUAAUCAAACAUACGAUUUUCUGUGUCCAAACGGGACGAUAUUCCACCAAGAAUACUUCGUCUGUGUCUGGUGGAAUCAAUUCGACUGUGCUUCCGCGUCUAGUUUGUUCUAUCUAAACGAGAAUCUCUACGAUUACUCGAUCAUCGGAUCUCCCGCGCCACAAGGACCCCCGGGUGGCUAUCAACAAGGUGGAAAUCAGCAAGGACAAACAGGAUCUUCUUAUCCAUCGAAUCAAGGACCUCAAGGUGGCAACGGGCCCAGUGGUCCAGGCGGGUAUCCCGGUUCAGGAAACCAGAAUAACAACGGACCUCUAGGCCCAUCAGGUCCAUCGGGUCCUCAAGGACAAGGUUAUCCUCAGGGUCCUCAAGGAGGUAGUAGCCCGGGUGGAUACCCUGGUGGAAAUUUCCCUGGCAACAACAGACCUCAAGGGCCAUCAGGACCAUCGGGUCCUUCGGGACAAGGAUACCCUCAAGGUCCCCAGGGAGGUAGUGGUCCAGGAGGAUAUCCCGGUUCAGGUUCUCCGGGAGGAAAUAAGCCACAAGGUCCAUCGGGUCCUUCGGGAUAUCCCCAAGGUCCGCAGGGAGGUAGUGGUCCAGGAGGAUAUCCAGGUUCAGGUGCCCCGGGAGGAAACAAGCCACAAGGCCCAUCGGGUCCUUCGGGACAAGGAUACCCUCAAGGUCCCCAGGGAGGUAGUGGUCCAGGAGGAUAUCCCGGUUCAGGUUCUCCAGGUGGAAACAAGCCACAAGGCCCAUCGGGUCCUUCGGGAUACCCCCAAGGUCCGCAGGGAGGUAGUGGUCCAGGAGGAUAUCCAGGUUCAGGUGCCCCAGGAGGAAACAAGCCACAAGGACCAUCGGGUCCUUCGGGACAAGGAUACCCUCAAGGUCCCCAGGGAGGUAGCGGUCCAGGAGGAUAUCCCGGCUCAGGUUCUCCGGGAGGAAACAAGCCACAAGGGCCAUCGGGUCCUUCGGGAUACCCUCAAGGACCGCAAGGGGGGAACGGACCUUCGAGUGGUUACCCUGGUUCGGGAUUCCCACAAUAUCCCCAGGGAGGAAGCGGUCCAGGAGGUUUCCCUGGAAACAACAGACCCCAGGGACCCUCGGGCCCAUCGACUCCACCCCAACAAGGACAAGAAGGCUAUCCGAGCGGUAGACCGAGCGGCCCAGGAUUCCCAACCGGUCCAUCGACUCCCGGAGGUUUUCCAGGAGGAAAAGUUCCGCAAUCCGACAACCCAUUCCCAUCGGACGGACCUUCGAAACCAGACCGUGAAUAUCUACCACCCCGAGCCGGAUAAACGUGACAUAUUAAAUCGUUAUAAAUUAAUUAGCCAAGCGACCCACAGCAUCCGCAGAAUUGUUGGUGCUGGACCUUAAGUGUAAAUACAAGCCUUCUUACCUACGACGCUAAAAAAACGGUGCGAUGCCUAGCUGCACCUGGCGUAUAAUUCUAAGUAAAUAAUAUAAUAACGAUAAUCUACGUUCGUAAGUAUAACGAAGAUGGGAAGCAGCGUCGAACUUAAUAAGUCCGUUCAGCCGUGUCUCGCGCGACAAUUCUGUGCCCCUUAUCAAACUAUUCGACGACACGAUUGCUUCCAAUUUUCAAUAACCACCUUACGACGGAGGAGUAUAAACCUUACGAUUCAAAUGCCAACAUGAAAAUACAUCGCCACGUUUAAUGCAAAAACGAACGCAAACGAAAGUUUCCUACGCUCCUCGAAGUGAUAACAUAAAACAUAUUUAUUUAUUACAAUAUGCAUUUAGUAUAUUUUAUGUAUCAAAACUUCAACGUGGGAAGCGCUCAGAUACCGAAACUAAAACCAAACGGACAAACGAAAAGAAGCGAAGAGAAGAAGAGAGAGAAAAAAAAAUAACAAUAUAAAUAUCUGCACAUUUCUGUGAUCGUCAAGAUGCGGCGGAGGAUCGUUAUCCGGUAUAAAACGUUCGUUUUUUUUCGAUUGCCGGUUACACGCGAGCUUGCCUAGUUUUCACCGAUCGCGUAAUGAUGCGUAACACUUGUUACAAGUACCAUCGAGUUUUAUCCAAGUAUCAACGCGGCUAGUUGAAACUGAUCAUUAUAUUACCCGUGCAAGAAAUUCAAAACCCGGAUACAAAACCGUACACCUAUUAAUAUCGCCACUUCUCCGCAUCUUCGCGAUGCAACUUUUUCUUUUUUCUUUUUUCUUAUUUCCUCCGUUUGUUUGUUUGUUUGUUUUUCUUUUAUCUAUUCCUUUCUUCUGAGAUAUACAGUUACCGUGCACAUUAUACACGCGUAAAACCCUCGCAUGCAUCCAACUGUAAUGUAAUCGUUAAGUAAUACAUGCAUGGCAUAAUUGUAAUGACGUUGUUAAGUCAUUUUUUUUUUUUUCGUUUUUCAUUCUUCUUCUUCUUCCUCUUUUUUUUUUCGCAUUUUUGUAACAAUGGUUUUGAUACUCCGACGUGAGAUGCCAUUAUAUAUAUAUAUGUAUAUUUAAUAUAUUAUGUGAAAUAAAGGAAACACCUUUGCAAGUAUA